UGUGUUGCCUGGUUACACGCUCCGACACUGCUUCAUAUAGCGGGGAGAGGACAUUACACUGCAGCUGGGGGGACUACAAAUCUCAGCAUGACCUGAUGGAGGCCAGCAAAGCAUUCUGAGGAUCUGUAUAUCUGUCACAGGUGACUGAGAGAGUGAACCCCAUCUGUCCUAUCAGCUCUGAGGGUCAUAAAACAUCUGAAUCAGAGGGACCUGGAAGGUGUUGCAGAGGAUUCAGGAUGUUGGAACCUUCCUAAAAAAACGAAAAGACCGUUUAUUAUAAUUGGCUCAUAUUCCGGAUUUCCUAUGUUUAGCCUCAUGGCCAAUUGCUGUCGGGAUUUGUUCAAGCGAUGGCGCCAACCAGUAAGGAAGGUGACUCUGGUCAUGGUGGGGCUAGACAACGCGGGGAAGACCGCCACUGUGAAAGGCAUCCAGGGAGAAUCUCCAGAAGAUGUGGCUCCGACAGUAGGAUUCUCCAAAGCAGACAUUAAGCAGGGGAAGUUUGACAUCACCAUAUUUGACCUGGGCGGUGGGAAGCAGAUCCGAGGUAUCUGGAAGAACUACUAUGCCGAGUCUUAUGGAGUGGUGUUUGUUAUCGAUUCCAGUGAUCUGGACAGAAUGGAGGAAACUAAGGAGACAGUCGCUGAAGUUCUUCGCCAUCCCAGGAUCUCCGGGAAACCGGUGUUGGUCUUGGCAAAUAAACAGGACCGUGAGGGGGCCAUGGCAGAAGCCGAUAUCAUCGAAUAUCUUUCACUGGAGAAGCUGGUCAACGAGCACAAGUGUCUUUGUCAAAUUGAGCCGUGUUCUGCAGCCCUCGGCUAUGGGAAGAAAAUCGAUACUCACAUUAGGAAAGGGCUCAACUGGUUAUUAGGAGUCAUAGCAAAGGACUUUGAAGCAUUACAUGAGCGCAUUCAGAGAGAAACAAUGGAGCAGAAGGCUCAGGAGGAGCAAGAUAAACAGAAGAUCGCUGAGAGGGUGAAAAGACUGAGGGAGGAACGAGAAGAGAGGGAGCGAGAAGAAGCAGAGCGGGAGGGGCGAAAACUUGUGGAAGAAGACACAUCUGUUCUUAUAGUCAACCCAUUCCAACCCAUAACUGCCGUUAUCAAGGAGAAUGAAGAAAAAAUCAAGAAAGAAAAGGAAAAAAAGAAACAAAAAACUCAGAAUGGAAAAGUUGGCUCUGAAAUCCCCCUGGAAUCAAAGGCUGAUCACGGGGAGGCAGAGUCGGACAGCGAGGGCGGUGACAGCAGCCCAACAUUGCAGGAUGACUGUUUAAUGGACACAUACAAAGAUGCUUUAAGCCAGAAGCUGGAGCAGGAUGAGAAGACAGAGACAGAGAACGCAAAAAAGAAGCUGAAGAAACUAAAGUUAAAAAGAAAUAACAGAGUAGAGCCUCUUGGCCCCCAAGAGGCAGAGACAAAGAGCCCGGCUACUCCUCCUCCACAGUUACCUGUUGGCUGGGGAACCCCAAAAGUUACUAGACUUCCAAAACUUGAGCCUCUGGGAGACACCCGUCAUAAUGAUUUUUAUGGAAAGCCUCUUCCGCCACUGAUGAUACGACAAAGACCCAACAGCGACGCUCAUGAUGUCAUUUCUUGAGAUGCAAAGUCCACUCCCCCCCCCCCCCCCCC